UCUACGGUAAAAUGGCAGAAAAAGAUGGAAAAAGUACAGAUGAACAAAAAGAACAGGAUCAGCAGAAAGAAAGGGUGCACCCAGCUGAUUCAGGUUUGGUGGAUUUGAUGAAACACUUGGAGGUUGCUGAGCCUCCCAAACAAGUGUUAUCCUCGGUGGACCUGGAGGGAAUCGUUCAGUUUAUCAAGGAUAAAAAAGCCACGAAUAUCAUAACCAUGGCUGGGGCUGGAAUCUCCACAUCGGCUGGUAUCCCUGACUUCAGAUCCCCAGAAACAGGACUCUACCACAACUUGGAGAAAUACGACCUGCCUACUCCCCAGGCCAUAUUUACUUUGGAUUACUUCAAGGAAAAUCCUGAGCCUUUCUGUAUGCUAGCAAGGGAGCUGUGGCCAGGGACUUUUAAGCCAACACCAUGUCAUUAUUUCAUUAAACUGCUUGAUGAACAUGGGCUGUUGAGACGUCAUUACACACAGAAUAUUGAUACACUGGAAAGUGUUGCUGGCAUUGAUGCCGAUAAAAUGGUGGAAGCUCACGGUUCAUUUCGCCUGGGCCAUUGUCUACAGUGUAAUGCAGAGUACACUCAGGACUGGAUGAAAGGGAAAAUUUUAGGUGAGGAGCUUGAAAUUCCUAAGUGUGAGAAGGAAGGAUGUGAGGGAUUUGUCAAACCUGAUAUUGUUUUCUUUGGGGAGAGACUACCAAGUAGGUUUUCCACAUGUGCAUCUGAGGAUUUUAAGGCAUGUGACUUACUGAUUAUAAUGGGCACCUCACUAACUGUGCAGCCUUUUGCCUCACUUACAAGCAGGGUUUUUGAUGAAACACCAAGACUGUAUAUCAACCUAGAAAAAACGGGAACUGAAGCAACUAAUGCGUUUGCUAUGAUGCUGUUUGGAGGGGGUUUUAAAUUUGAUGAUGAGGAUAAUUACAGGGAUGUUUUCAUGGAGAGUACGUGUGAUGAUGGAUGUUACAAACUGGCCGACAUGUUAGGGUGGGGAGAUAAGCUUCGUGAAAAGGUGAAACAGGAACACAGAAGGAUUGACAAUGAAAACAAAAGUAACUCAACAUCAGCAAAGCAGAAAAAGUGAAUCCAGGCAGUAUAGAUCAGUGAUAAAAAGAGGAUUGUUUAAAAAGAAAGGCUGAUUCUGUUCCUAAAAUCAUCACACUUCUUCUCUU